GUAGGAGGAGGGGGAGGAGGAGGAGGAGGAGUAGAAGAAGAAGCAGACGAAGAAGACACUCUUCACGACCUGUAAUACGGCAUGUCGAAAAACAGCUGAACAAGAUGCGGCAGUAGUGAGCCUUAUCUGUUAUUUUGUUGUUAAUAAAGGGAAACUGUCACAUCAGGCAUUUACCUAGUAAGUCCAAAGCAAUCGCUGGCUUUCGCUUUAGAAGAGGGAUCAAUUUGGAUACGCCUUUUCCUGAAACGCAUUCGUAAAUCAGGAGAAAAAUCCAGCUACUUGGCGUGUUUUCCUCUAUGAAAGAAGAAACUACAGUAACCGCAUUUUGUUACAGAGGGUUUGUCAAGCGAUCCUGUCCCCAAAAAAGCGAUGCUGGUCACCGUUUUCUGCGCGCCGAGGGAUCGUCCUGAAACUACAUUUGCCCUCGAUGUGUCCCCGGAGUUGGAAUUGAGAGACUUUGUUGCACUUUGUGAAUUGGAGUCAGGAAUCCCUGCUGGGGAAAUCCAGAUCACUUAUGUAGAACAGCCCCUAAAAGACCCCACACGUGCCUUGGGGACCUAUGGUGUGAAGGAUGGGGACGUGGUGGUGCUCCGACAAGCCGAGCGAAGGCCACCACCGACUCAGCCAGCUUUCCCAGGUCUGCCCCGCAUUGACUUUCGUUCCAUCACAGUCCCCGGCACCUCUCCCUCAACCAGUCAGCGUGGUGCCGUAAGGCCGCCGCCACCGCCGCCGCAGCAGCAGCAGCAGCAGCAGGCUCCACAGCAGCAGGCUCCGCAGCAGCCCAGCGCCACACAGCCUUCCACGCCAGCGGCCUUUCAUGGCUCCUCUUCCCAGGGCCUGGACGACCCCGCCUUACUUCAGCAGAUGCUGUUAUCAAAUCCACACGAGCUCUCGCUCCUCAAGGAGCGAAACCCUCCGCUGGCCGAGGCCCUGCUGAGCGGAGAUUUAGAGCGUUUCACCAAAGUGCUGCUGGAGCAACAGCAGGAUCGAGCAAAAAGGGAGCGAGAGAGAAUUAGACUCCUGACCGCUGAUCCUUUCGAUCUGGAAGCCCAAGCAAAGAUAGAAGAGGACAUUAGGCAGCACAACGUAGAAGAAAACAUGACCAUAGCUAUGGAGGAGGCCCCUGAGAGCUUUGGUCAGGUGGUUAUGCUUUACAUUAACUGCAAAGUCAAUGGCCACCCCGUGAAAGCAUUUGUUGACUCAGGAGCCCAGAUGACUAUCAUGAGCCAAGCGUGUGCAGAGCGCUGUAACAUUAUGCGCCUGGUGGAUCGACGCUGGGCCGGCAUCGCCAAAGGAGUGGGCACUCAGAAGAUCAUUGGGAGAGUUCAUUUGGCUCAAGUCCAAAUCGAGGGGGAUUUUCUUCCUUGUUCUUUCUCCAUCUUGGAAGACCAGCCAAUGGACAUGCUGCUUGGCCUGGACAUGCUGAAGAGACACCAGUGCUCCAUCGACCUAAAGAAGAACGUGCUGGUCAUCGGCACCACAGGCACCGAAACGCGCUUCCUGUCGGAGGCGGAGCUGCCUGAGUGUGCCCGGCUGGCGUACGGAGCAGAGGGGCGUGAAGAUGCCCGUCCCGAGGAGAUGGCCGACAGAGAGCUGGCAGAGGCGCUUCAGAGGUCCAUACAGGAGAGCGGACAGCACUGAUGCAUUUGGAGACAGCUGGAGAAGGCCCUACCAACCAGACACUGCAGAUGGACAAACUACCUCACCGAAACUCCCACCAUUUACAUUACCCAGAACCUUACACCAAACGUCCUCGCCCGACUCUCCUCCCCAAAGCCAACCCCAGAACCCCAUCCUGGAUCGCUCCCAGUCUGCGCCGGCCACUUUGGAGCAAGUAACAAGAGCGAGGCAACGCCAGGGUCAGCCUGGCCUCCCGGAGCUUCCUCGGCCUUCGUCCCCCGCGGGGGAGGCCCGUCCACCUCAGAGUGCCCUCGCUCACCCUCUGCCCGGCUAUAACACCUCGGAUGUGCUCUCUGCGCCCGGUCCCUCAACAGAUGUUCCCCGCGCACGUUCCCCUCUUCCAGACGUGUCCUCGGCAUCCCAGGAUCCAGGGGGUGAUGUCCAGCCUGGAGCCGCAGAGAGGGAUGCUGGGUCAGACAGAGCUCAGGGGAGCUCUGCGCGCACCUCGUCAGAGGAGCUUCCCCCCGCUCAGCCCAUGGAGCAGGAGUUCACCGAGUCUAUAGCCGACGCCACAGAGGCCUGUCCCGCGGCUCCCGGCCAACCCGGCUCCGUCGAAAUGGAGUCUCCCUCUGCCUGUUGCAGCGCCGGGUCCUCUGAGAAGGACCAGCCUGACGGGGACCGGCGCUCCAGCUCGGACAACAUCCCCUCGCUGGCGGCUGCUUUGAUGGAGCUGCAUGAGCUGCUGGUGUCCAGCAACCACGCUCAGCCGCAGAGCCGCAGCGCCUCCUGCUCCCCGUCGUGCCCCCCCCAGCAGCAGCAAGACUCCGACUGCGAAUCCCGCACUCCAACACCCGAAAACAGCCAGCCCGCCCGCCCCGCUUCCAUCAAAGCCGGUGCAGAAACCAGCGACGCCAAAGCCAACUAUGCGGCCGCCGCGUCUGACCAGGAGCCGGCCCAGUUUCUUGUGUCUGACCUCUCUGGUCGGGAUGAGUAUCCAGGAGGAGGUCCGGCAGAAACCGCGGAGAGACGAGGACCAUCGCAGUGCCCAGAUGUUUCUGAGGGGAGAGGGGAAGGUGAACGGAGUCUCAACGAGACCCUUAAGGUCAGCGUUUCUCAGCCUGAGACAGAGGCCCCCCCUGAGUGUCCUGUCAGGGACCUUGAGUUCAGGGAGCAGCCCGAGGGCCAGCGUGGGGGAGGGGCUGCGGAUGGACAGGCUCCUGUCUCCAACACCAGGGACGGUCUCCUCACUCGCCACCCUCUCCUCGGCCCUUCGUCGGCAGCAGAGGGCUCACCAGACGGGGUCUCAAGCUCCUCGUCCUCCUCUGCUCCGGCCCCUCUUCCUCUCCCUCCGCAUCCCUUUAUUGAACAGUUUCCGGCUGAGCACAUCCAGAGAAUCCAGGCAGCGGGUUUUUCUGCCAGGGAGGCUGUGGAGGCGCUGGAGCAGGCCCACGGGGUGGUGGAGAUCGCUCUGCUGGCUCUUCUGGCCCGCAGCAUCACUGUGCCCACCUAGACUCACAAGCGAUCAUGCAAGUCUCCGGCUUCUGAGCUCAGCAUCUGUCUUAUUUAUACCUUGUUACUGAUCCAGAUGUCUUAGUUCCAUUGCAGACGGGAGUGCGGUAAAACCCCAGAGAUUUGUCACUGAGAAUGUCCAAGAACACACAGGACGACUGGGAAUACUUUUCUGACUAUAACAGAUACGUGAGGUGUGUUUGCAUGCAGAUGUUUCAGGUGCCCACCUGUUUCAUUGGAUUUUGUUGUUUUUUUUUCUUUUUAGCAAAUUGAUACCAUAGAUUUAUCGUCUUCUCAUUUUGUUGCCCAACAUUGACUUAUUCAAUGCAAAUUUCCAGAUUGAUUCUCAAACCAUUUAGUAUGAUAAUUUUACAAUUCUCACGCCAGUGACGCCACAUUGAGUAGUGUGAUUCCUACUCAGAUGGAGGCGUCCGAGGCAACUGGCUACUAAUUUAUAAUGCUGAUCAUUAAGCCCUCCAAUCAGAGCCCCACAGUCAAGAAAAAAAUAACAAAAAUACCCCAUCGUUUGAGAACUGCUGCAGUUGAAUUCAUUUUCCGAGCAGGUUUACAGUUUCUCCACGGCUUAGUGAAACCCCCAAAAUUCAAUCGUUGUUGCUCUUGAAGCGUGCCAGUGGGGGGUGGCAGUUGUCUGACUCUGUAACGCAGAUGGCGUCUUGUACUGUGCGAGUCAUUUUCCACAGUUUGAAGGCUUUGCCAUGUGUAGAUAACUAAAGCGUUUGUAGCUCCUGUUCAGAAACCUAUUUACUUUGUGUCAAAACAUCGCUGUGUGUCCAAACUUGAAAACACUCAUUUUCAGUUUGAGUGUGGCCAUUCACGGAAGUCAAAUUUCGUUAUGACAUCCCACGUCGAGGCUUUUAAUGGCUUUAUUUGAGUCACACCAACAAUUUUCAGGCAGAUUGAAUUAUUUACUUUUAUCUUAUAUUGAAUUUUAAAUUGCAAAAUAAAAUUGAACUAGUAUUUGUAUAAUUUCUGUGAGUGUCUUUCUUUUUAACAGCAGAAAUGUCAAGCUUUACUGAAAUGCUGUUCAUACGCACCAUGGGAAGCUUUGGAUGAAUAAACAAGUAGCCAAAACCUUGCUUCUCUGCUUGGUAAAAAAAAAUCCACCAAACUGGUUUUCCACCAUGUCUGAUUAAACAGGAAGACAAAUCACACCUGCGUCUAGUUUUUGUGAUUAAGCCCAGACUGAAUGUUCUGCGCACUAAUUAGUCUGCGAGGAUCUUUUUCUUUUUUUUUUAGGCAGGAGAAGAAUGCACCCACAGUUUUGAUGCCUACAACCAGACUGAAUCAGUAUGGCACAUUUCAGUUUCACAGAUGAGAACAGUCAUUUUUUGAGAAGUGGUAUUGACUCUAAAUUGCAGUCCUUCUUUGGAAAUGACCAUGGUGUGAACAGUUGUGAGUCAGAAAGGCCAACCAUGAAGCCCGGUGAACAGAUUUGUUCAGGGUUUUCUCAUCUGGAGAACGGCCUCGAUGAGAGCAGCAACUCCAUGAACCAGCUUGAGGAGGAUUACAGUCUCCCCUUAGACAUCUCCUCAGCUCUGAAGUCGCUGACAGCAGCGGGUGUUUGGGACUUGAAAUUACACCUGCCGGCACGGUUUUCUGCUCCCGGACUCCAGGAAGACCACUCAGCUGCGUCCCCUCCGGAUCAUCGGGAUAAGAGUCGCAAAAUGGAUCAGGACCCGUUUGAGGAAGAAACGCCGCUCGUGUCAUUCCAGUCAAAGUUCAUACGUUCUAUCCCACUGUAUCAGGACUACUGUCUGCGGGCUGUGAGAGAUGAUCUGCGCCGACUCAAAGACGGUUGCGUGUCCGAACUGAUAAAUCUCAAACAUCUUCAAACCGCGCAGUCCCCGCUGAGCCCCUGCCGGCAUUCCGGGGUCUCAUCGCCUCAGCAAAAGUCUCCUGGCGUAACUCGAUCCUCACCUCUGCCUCAACCAGUUCGGGUGACUUCCUGUAAUCUCUGGCGAGAUUUGGAGGAGGUGAAGGCCUCUGGCCUGCUCAGCAGUUUAACGGCCAGAGAGAUCCGCCUUCAGGAGUCCAUGCUUGAGCUGAUAGGCUCUGAAGCCUCUUACCUCAAGAGCCUUGGAGUGCUGGUCAACCAUUUUUAUGCAUCCAAGGCUUUAAAAAUUCUGUCCAAAAUGGAGCAUCGUGUUUUGUUUUCCAACAUUCACCACAUAAGAACGGCCAGUGAGAGAUUUCUCAUGGAUCUGGAAACUCGACUAGGGGAGAGUUUGCUAAUCUCUCAGGUCGGUGACGUUGUGCUAAAGCACUGCAGAGAUUUCCGUUGCCUCUAUGUGCCGUAUGUGACCAACAUGAGGUACCAAGAAUCUCUCGUCAACCAGCUGCUGCAGCAGAACAGAGACUUUCUGCACACAGUGAAGACACUUGAGAGUGACCCGGUGUGUCACAGGCAGACACUCAAGUCAUUCCUGGUCUUACCCUUCCAGAGAAUAACCCGCAUCAAGCUUCUGCUGGAGAGCAUCUUGAAACAAACCGAGUCGAAAUCUGCAUCAAAUCUUGAAAAGGCAAUUGGCGCCAUGCACGAGAUUCUAACAGCAUGUGAUGAAGUGGUCAGAAAAAUUAAACGGAUUGAGGAGUUGGUCUGCCUGGAAAUGCUACUGGAUUUUGCCAACGUUAAAAUGGUUCCUCUGAUCGUAAGCACACGUUUUCUCGUCCUCCAAGGACCCAUGAAACAGCUGACUAUGGAGAGCACUUACAACUCAAGAAUGUCAUUCAUGAGCAUCCAUCUCCACCUCUUUAAUGACCUUUUAGUGGUCUCCUCUAAACAGAACCAGCGGUUCGAGGUGAUGGAUUACGCUACCUUCCCUACACAUGUGACCGUUAAGCAUCUGAAGACGGAAGUCCUGGGAAUUCCUCCAGAAUCCUUUCUGCUGCAUCUGUCUGAGAGUCAGACGGGCCGUCCCACCGCCAUAAUACUUGUGGCGCUCACAGGGUCGGAUAAAGAGCUAUGGAUGAGGGCACUGAGAGGCGCAUGAAGUGAGCAUCCCUCAUCUGCCUUGAUGGAUGUUCGUGUGUACUUUCCUCUUUGACAGUCAUCCUGUCUUUUAAACAACCACUGGCACUACUAUUGGAAGUAUUUUGAUUACAAU